CGGCAACGAACUCAAGUAGCAUUGGUCAGGAGAGAAGGAGGGUCCAGCUAAGGAAAAUAAGCCAGUGGGAACAGAUUCUUUGCACUAUGCCUUCAUUUCUCUGGACACUGUAAUUUCAGUAUUCAUACUGCGCACAUACGCAUGCCUGUGUUGCUUGCACUAUGUAUUGCGUCGUUAAUCAUUCUAGCCAGGAAGCGCAAGCUACUUCUGCCUGAAACGUCACACUCCGUUUUCGGGCGCUGUGUCUUCUCAUAUCGGACAGUAUUUGAGAAAUUGUGUAUCUUUAGAGAAAGUGUUCUUUUCUCAUGUCGGUAUCAAAUGUCGCGUAAUUGUUGAAACGCAUAGGUCACAGCGCCUUUUUGGGCACAACAUGGCAUAUGCUGACUGUAGUUAGGUACGGACAAGUUUCGAUUCCUAAACGUGGCUCCUAAGACCGAAAUGGAGAAGAGUUGUGAGAAAAUAAGCGACCAUAAACAAGAAAAACCAAAUGGCUGUCUGGAGAGAACGUGUUCGACUCUCACGGUGGACGAUGUGUACGAAAUUGCCAAACUUAUUGGAUCAGAAGUGGAAAAACUUAUUGACGGUUAUGGUAAAGACAGUGCCGAGGGUCUAGUUCCUAAAAUUGUUAAAGUAUUAGAGCUACUGGAAAGCUUUGCUGCGAGAAAUCAUGCUCAUAAAUCAAGAGAGGAGGAACUGUUAAAGGCAUUUGAGACGCUACAGGUUCAACAACAGAAGAAACAACAACGCGGGAUCAAAGAAUGUGAGGAGGGCAACAACACUACUGAAAUACUGGAGUGGCAGCAGAAGGAGAAGAAGUGGCAGAAACAGCUGAAGGAGCUGCAGGAGCAGGUGCUCCAGCAGCAGGAGGAGAACAAGGAGCUGCUGGGCCAACUACGCUGCACCCACUCCCAGGAAGACCGUGUGCAGCGUCAGGAGCGUGAGGUCAUGUUGAAGCUGAAAGAGGUGGUGGACAAACAGAGAGAUGAGAUCCGUGCAAAAGCUCAGGAGAUCGCCUCGGUGUCCAAGGAGGGGGAAGCGUUGCAGGAGCAGCUGGAGCGCUUCAUGAAGAUGAACAGUGAGCUGCGGCACAAGCAGAGUGUCAUGCAGGCGCAGCUGAAGAGCGCCGUGGAGCGCAAGGCCGACAUGGAGGUGGACAUGUGCGAGAAGCAGAAGGAGAUCGAGCGCCUUGCCACCGAACUGGACAAGGCCAGCGCCAACAUGUGCCCCUUAUCUACGCCAACUAUCGAUCUCACUGACAAGAUGAUCAUUGAUCUCAAAGACCCCAACCGGCCAUGCUUCACUAAACAGGAAGUGAGGGACAUGAUCUUUGAGCGCAAUGAGCUGAAGGCCAACCUCUUCCUGGUUCAGGAGGAGCUGUCCUACUACCAGAGGGAAAUCUUGAAUGAUGAGAGGUGCCCAGGCUUCUUGCUGGAUGCGGUGCGUUCUGCAAUAAAGAAGCAGAGAACGGUUAUCAAGGCCAAAAUGUUGGGGGUCCACGUAGACGACUGCAGUAGUGAUGAGGAGGAUAAAGGCCCAUUGUUUGAGAACAAGGACGCAGACAAUGAUGGAGAUUGUACUGACAGUAGACCUCCAGAAUCUCGCAUCAGAAACCUAAUGCAAACAUAUUCAGGUUUGGUUUCCUGACCCGGUCGGGCAGCUACAACAAGAGCCCCAGCCCUAACAACGGCGGCUCGUCCUGGGAAAUCAUCGUCCCCGAAGAUACGGAGCCUGAGGCGGAGGUCGAGCCUCGCCGCUCACCCUGACACCCUCCACUCUCUCCUCCUCCAUCCCCUCCUCUCCGCCUCCACCCCUCCACAACAUGCCUGCUUCUGUGGGGUCCACAGUAAUGUCCAGUCCAGCACACACACAGAUUAGACCCUGCAGGCAAGGCGUGGGCUCAUGCUAUUCGAGGACUACAGUAGACAGAAAAAAAAGGACUCGACUUUCUGUAAAAACCUUUUUUUGAAAGGUUGUUUGUUACUGUCUGGUUUUCCACGAUUACUGAAGGUGGCAGUAUUUCAGGGGAUUGUGAUUCCCUGUUGGUUAUUCGGAAUGAUUUUUAUGAUGGUGUAGAUGUUGUUGAUCAUAUGGCAUACAUUUGGUAUUUCCAACAGAAACUGUAUAUAGUACAUAUUUGUUUUUGAAGUCUGCUCAAAUUUUAGCAGCUAUUUUUGUAGACAUAUUUUAUAUAUUACAAACAUUAACCAAAGAUUCAAACAAGCAUUGAGAACAAACAUUUCUAAUUGCAGGUGCCAUAACUGGACACAAGGGGGCAUUGAAGCAAUAUAUUUUUGACACAGUUUAAUGACAACAAAAAAAAUGUAACAUGCCUUCGAAAGACAUUUUAAAUCUAAUAUCUAAUCAGUGUAACCCAAGGCCAUUUAUAUUAGCACAUAUAAAGCCAUGAGCAGUAUAUUUACCAUAUGUGUUUCUCAGUAUGCACUUUGUAAUGCCCUCCAGCCAGAAUGUACAGAUUUAGUUAUUUCCGGUACUCUUCUUUUAACUCUGAUUCCUCCGUGUUCUGUGUUCAUAGUGCAGUGCAGUUUAUUGUUGUCAACAACUGAAAGUGCUCUUGGACUUACUAUAAUGAUAACCUGGAGAUGACCGCAAAUAUGAUGUCAGGUAGAAACUACUGUACAUUGCAUGCAUUUUUGGUAUUAUGUUUAUUAAAAAUGCAAUCAAAUAUAAUAAAAUGUCAAAAUUAGACACAAGAAUCAUAGAGUGCAUGAUAAUUCUGCAUCAUCUUCAUUAGAAUUCCCUCAUUUGUUGUAGGCUCGGAAGCACUUUUCCUUUUCUUGACAACUGUUAAACACUUGACACCUGUAACAUGGUUGUGGGUGUACAAACAUGAUUCCAUGUUGUAAGUGAGUUUUGUCAAUAGGGCAUUAGCCUCCUCUGUAGUUUGUGGUGGGCUGUGCUUCCUUUAGGUUUAGUGUGUGUAUGUGUGGAAGAGAGAGAAAGGAAGUGUGUGUUUCCUUCAGGGGGAAAUGAGAGCUCACACGUGUGCCCUUAGACAUCAGCAAGAGGAGGGUAAGAUCAUGACUUCCAUAUCCCUCCUCCUUCGAACCUCAGUGGUAUUCAACAAUGACAACACACUGUAUGCACAUAGACUUAUAGAUUAUUGUACAGGUCUCUCAGUGGAGGCGAUAUGUGCCAGCAAGAAUUUGUUUCCUUAAUGUUUUAUUUUUGUAAGCAUGUUUGUUUUCAUGGGGAAUCUUUGUGCUACAAAACCAAAUAAAUAUUUGAAAUUGACUUCCA